ACAACUGAAACGUGACUAUCCCAGCGCUGUAGUUCUUAGUACUGAUGACUUCUUUAUCGAAAAUGGUGUAUAUGUGUUUGAGCCUGACUUCCUAGAGGAUGCACACAAAUGGAACCAAAAGAGAGCACGUAAGGCAAUGAAGAAUGGGAAAAGCCCAGUUAUUAUUGAUAACACCAACAUCCAUGCUUGGGAAAUGAAGCCAUACGUGAUCAUGGCACGUGAAAAUAGAUACGAAGUUAUAUUUCAAGAACCGGAUACACCCUGGAAGUUCAAUGUUCGAGAACUGGCAAGAAGAAAUAUUCACCAUGUCCCUCGAGAAAAGAUACAACAGAUGAAAGAACAAUACGAGCACAAUGUUACCUUCCACAGCGUUCUUCACUCGGAAAAACCAAGCAGAGAUGAGAGAAGCUCCAGUAGACCGAAUGCAGCUUACAGCGUGGGCACCCGUUCCAACCCGCCUCCAGCCUUCUCAAGCAGAAGACCUCACGUGGCACGUACCAACAACAUGCGUUUUAACUAA